GUGGGGUGAAUAGGGCAAAACCAAUUUAAAAAAAAAAAAAGGUUAGUUUUGUGUUUGACUUUAAGUUAUAGGUCAAUUCUGCAAAAAGCCCUUAUAUUUUUGUCAAAAGGUCUAUAAAAUUUUACUGUAAUAUUCUAGAUUGAACAUGUCGCUAGACGGAUCAGGCGGGAUGGCUAUGGCUUACACGGCGAGGAAGUUUCAUAGAGAGAACAUGAAGAUUUUGACGGCAACCACAACCGUGGGUGGUGGAAUCGAAGAGAAUGGUGGAGGAUAUACCCGGUGGUUCUUUGGAAAGCUAAGCACCAAGAAAAAAUCGGCUAAAGUUUGUGAUCUUAUAACUAUAGAAUAAUUAAUAAGCUAAGCUAGUUACAUCAAAAAUUAACGAAUAAAAAACUACGCUUUAUAUAUAUAAAUAUAUCUCUCUCUUUUUUUGUUUUACUUCAGUUUCUUCUCUAUGUUUGAUAAUGUCUAUCAUGUCAUAUUAUUUACGAACUUAUUGGUUUUACGAAAAGAAUACUUUACGUUAAGGUUUCUGUAAAGCUAUGAGAAUUAAUUAUAGCACAUCUCGUUGCUAAACUUUGUUUUUAUGAUGAAAAAAAACAUGCACUCAUAUUCUCAUAUACAACUUUGAAAAGAAACUCAGAAAAAUCUUCAAAAUUAUUUGGGUAAGAAAGAACAUGAGCAGAUUAUCCUAACUAUCUCCAGUGGUAUAUAAUUCAUGUAGCCAACCAAUAACAAACAAAAUAUAUCUACGGAUUAUAUAACCUGAAGUUGUUUUCACACAUGAUAAAGGGUGUUACGCAUGCAAUUUUUUUUUUUUUUGGUAGAAGCAUGCAAAUUUAUUCUCAGACCACCAUCUCUCCUUCCCGUAGCAAAUCCAGAUGUUCACGUAGUUACCUGUUUUAAUUUAAGACAAGCUUAAUAUCUAAUCUAUCCAUUGAUAACAUCAUUUUUUCUCACUGAUUACAUCAUAAUAUGAUAUAAUAGCUACAUGUGGCCGAAAAUAAUAUUUUGCCGACUUUAGAAAUAUCAGAUUUGGUUAAA